AUGCCCUUCACCUUAUCAGGAAAAAUUACUCUGAGUGGCGUGUUGUGGUUUGCUUAUGGACUGCUCCUCAAAGACUGCAUAACACUUCCAAACGGGUUAGGGUUUGUCUUGGGUCUCCUUCAGAUGCUGUUCUACGCCAUAUACAGAAAGCGCAGCCAGGUCGUCAUAGUGAACCAGGAGAAUAAGUUCCCGGCAACAGAAAACGUGACAAUUCUUUUGACUUUGAGAACUAUAGAAACAUCUGAAGUUCAUUAUUCAGUGGAUGCUAAGCUGUGCGACAGCAAUGACAUCGACGUCAAAGUUGGGAAUCCGAAAAAAUAUGGAAGUCAGGACGGUGAUGGCGAUGACGAUAAGAAGUUUGGUGGUGGUGGAUGUGGGUGCUUCGGGUGA